ACUGGGCUUUGGCAUUGGGACCGACGUGCGCGUUGCGUCGCGUCGCGUGCGUCUCCCCUCUCUUUGCGUUACUACCUUUUCCUUUUCCUUCUUUCUUCGUUUCUUUCCCCUCUCUUUUGAGAUGAUCCUCCCUUCCUUUUCCUUUAUUUUCUUGAGAGAUGAGAUGUGUUCGAUUUCAGCUUUGAUUAUGCCAAGAAGAACUCCGAUUAUAUACUACUCCACCGUACUAGUAGUAUAGUAGUUGUAAAGAAAGCAAGUUGGGUCAAAGAAAUCGAAGGCGAUCUCGAUCUAUCUAUCUAUCCGUGUAGCACUAGCAGUAGCAGUAGCAGGCAGCCAUAGAUCGAUCCUCGUCGGCGUCGCGCUGUGGUUGCGGCGGAUGCUGCAGCGGGCGGCAAGCAAUGCCUACUCGUGGUGGUGGGCGAGCCACAUCCGCACCACGCAGUCCAAAUGGCUCGACGCCAAUCUCCAAGUCACUACACUAGAUGAGAGUACUAUUAUUUUGGCGCACGCAGAGAUGGAAACCAGAGUCAAGAUCAUGCUCAAGCUCCUGGGAGAGGAAGCCGAUACGUUCGGCAAGAGAGCCGAGAUGUACUACCGCAGGAGGCCAGAGGUGAUUAACCAUGUGGAAGAGGUUUACAGGGCCUACAGAGCUCUCGUUGAACGCUACGACCACUUAUCCAAGGAGCUGCAUAAGGCCAACCACACCAUUGCUACUGCAUGCCCACAACACGACGUCUCCUUGUUACAAGAACAAGACGAUGCUGAAUUCACACCCAUCAGAAUACAGGAAUCCACUACUACUGUACAGGAGGUUUUGAACCCAAAAGGACAUGCGCGCCCCUGUGCUCCUCACUUCACCAAACAGAAUGCGCAACAAGAGAUCGACACACUUCAAAAGGCUAUACUUGUCCUGCAAACCGAGAAAGAAUUCGUUAAGAGCUCUUACGAGACUGGGAUUACCAAGUAUCGGGAGAUCGAGAAGCAGAUUGCAGAUAUGCAGGACCAGGUAUGCCACAUCCAAAAUGAGUUUGAUGCACAUGCGUCCAUCGAGGAUGAUGAAGCCCGUGCCCUGAUGACCAUUACAGCUCUUAGAUCUUGUCAAGGCACAGUAGCUAAUCUUGUGAAAAUAUUUGAAGAGUUAGUCAGGGUUGCAGCAGGGGAGUCCGAAAAAGUAAAUUAUCUCCGACAAAAACUGUAUGCUAUGAACUACAUCAUUGACCCGUCUAAGGGAGAAGUUGGCACAACAAACAUCGCAGUGAAAAAUAGAGUUUAUCCUAAUACUCAGGAAAUACUGGAGCUGCAACCUAUAUAUGAAAAAAUCGAAAAGUUUUUUGAGCUCAACUCUGAAUCUGUUGUGCAGGAGAUGGCAGAGAGAGUUGAUGAGCUUGUUGAUAAGGUCAUGAACUUGGAGCUCAAAUUCCCAAAGCAGUCCGCUCAAAUCAAGCAGCUGAAGGAAGAUAAUGAUAGCCUCAAAGAUAGGUUGGAUGAUCUACAAGAUGAGAUAGCACUUCGAGAUGAUCCAAGUGACUUAAGUGAACAGCUCAAGUUAGCAGAAGAUGAGUUGAACAGAGUCAAGGCUCUUGAAAGAUCUGUUAUUGAGGAAGAAGUUCUUGUUAGCACAGUCUUUUCUGAAGUUGUUAGUUGCAUCACUAAUAUCUCAAAGGCCUUUGGAUCUAUUGAUCCAGAGGACAUGACUAGUUUAUCAGCUGCAGUUGAAAAUGAUGGGGAAAUAACAUCAGAUGAUAUCAGCACCUCACUGCCAGAAGAAGAAUUCAGGGGUACAGAGGAAGCAACUACAGAUGAUAAUUUGGGCAGAGACAGGUGUAGAAAAGAAGAUGCCUCAGGAGUUGAGGGUCAUGAUUCACUAGAUGGUACUGAUGGCAUUGAUGACUGUAAGAAUGGCAACGAGGAAAACUUUCAAAGUGAAAAUCGCUUAAUCCAAGAAGACUUGAUGGAUAAAAGGUCAAUACAAGCUAGCAAUAACAUUGAUCGAAUUGUUAUUCCAGGCAAAGAAAAUGGUUUUAACAACGCAUGUGAAGGCAAAAUAGAUUGCAGCCCAUCAGGUAAUACGAAGAAAUAUAGAGACAUAGGAAAUGAUGUUAUUGACAACUCUGUUCAAGGGGAAAGUUUGAAAGGUGAACAUCCACCAACGGUAAUAAGUCAGACUCACCUCCCACACUCAGAAUGUUUAGAUACUUUAACCAAUAAAAGUGACUCCGAUGAGAAAGGGUCAUCAGUGGUUGUUACUGUGAAUUCAUUCGGAGGCAGCAAGAGAAUACAAGGCUUAAGGAUUGGUGGCGAUGAAAAUUCUAUGUCUGGGAACAGCUUGAUCCAGGAAGAACUCAGAGAUGACAAAUCACUAAAAACACCUGGAUAUGUUAAUUUGGUUGGUUCUACAAACCAACAUAGUUUGAGUGAUGGAAGCACCACUGAAGAAAUCUCAUUACCCAAAGUUUCUAAUAGUUGUUUCAGUGAUGCAGAUAUGAGACUGGAAUUAUGUCAUACUGAAGAAGCAAUAUCUGUUGAAGAAUGGCCAAAACAAGAUGGUCAGCUGAUUGCCCCAGAAACUAUGAAAAGUUUGAACGGAGGCAGCAAAGUUGACUCAUCUGAGAAAGGUGGCCGCACUUCAUUAGAGCAUAUGAACAGCAUACAGGAUUUGAAGACUAGUGAACUUGUGGAUGCACAUUCGUCAAGAGUGUAUCAGCAAGUACCCAAAGUAACAACAAAAUCAAACAAUAUUGCUAGUUGCAUUCCUCAUGGUGAGCUAGAGAUGAGAAGUUCGGAUGGCAGAGAACAUACAAGACAAGCAAGUACCUUGAGCAAGCCUGGAAGCAUGAGCUUGCGCGUCAAUUCUAGUUUGGUUGCAGAAAGAGAUGCACCUAGCUGGCAGGAGUUUCUCCUUGAUGGCAUUGAAGGUAGAGAAGCAUUAUUGCUAGACGACUACACUUUAAUUCUCCGGAACUAUAAAGAAACAAAGAGAAGGCUUGCUGAAUUGGAAAAGAAAAAUGAGCAACAUCCCAAAGAGACAAAGACAGUAAUAAGGGAGUUGAGGAAUGCAAAUUCCAUGAAAUAUGUUGAGAUCCAGUCCCUAAGAGAUCUCCUGGAUCCUUCAGAAGAUAUAUCAUCCACACAUAGUAAAAUGGGUUUUAACAGAUCAAAUCAUCCUUUGGACACAGAAAUUUCUGUGCUGGAGGGAAUCGAUGUAAGACACACUGGUGUACGGAAGAAUACUUCACCUUUCGAAGUGAAGUUCAGAUCUGAGAUUGAUGCUCUGGUUGAGGAAAACUUGCAGUUCUUGGUAAGGUUUAGCAUGGCUUGCCACCGCAUGCAGGACUUUGACAGCAAAUAUCAGGAGCUACAAAAGGGAAUGGGGGAUUUUGAAGUUAAGAAGACAGGAGAACCUGAUGCUGCAGCCGAGUCUGAUCCUGCUGAAAAGAAGUUGAGAGAGCUAAGAACUGAACUGGAUGUAUGGUUUGAACAGAAUGCACUUCUUGAUCAAGACCUGCAGCUCAAAACCAUGUCUCUUUGCAGAUUGCAGGAGGAGAUAGCUGAAGCCUUGCGUGCUAGCGCAGAGACUGAUGGUGGUAGGUUUACACCAUACGAAGCAGCCAAGUUUCAAGGGGAGGUACUGAACAUGCAACAGUCUAGUGGUAAGAUCGAGAGGGAGUUACAGUCAGCACUGAAGCGCAUGAGAGAACUUGAAGGCAAGGUCAAUGACGGCUUGCAGAAGCUGCGUGAGAGCUUUGAUCUUUCAUGCAGGAGGUCAUCUUUGGUGGAGGAAGAAAGCAGCAGCACCAGCUACCACAGCCAAUUCAAACACUUCCCGACUAGAACAAGAGUGCCAUUGCGGAACUUCCUAUUCGGCACAAAGCCGAAGAAGAAAUCAAUAUUUGCCUGCAUAAAUCCUACGUUGCAGAAACAGUUCAGCGAUCUGUGAGUUGGCAGACACUGUAGAAUACAUGUACUCCCUCUGUUCCAAAAAAAGACAAACCCUGGUUCCGUACCCGUUUGACCGUCCGUCUUAUUUGAAAAAAUUAUGAAAAAAAAAAUAAAAAGACAAGUCGCGCAUAAAAUAUUAAUCAUGUUUUAUCAUCUAACAACAAUGAAAAUACGAAUUAUAAAAAAAAUUUAUAUAAGACAGAUAGUCAAAAUUGGACACGGAAACCCAGGGUUUGUCUUUUUUUUGGGACGGAGGGAGUAACUAGUAACCAUUCAUAUACUUGGGUUCGCUUGGAGCUGGACCACAGGCGGUCGAAUCUCGUGGUGUCACCCAGCUUAUUAGAUGGGAACACAUGCUUGUUACCAUAGAUUUGCUAUUAUUUUGGAGGCAAAACUUAUUGGCAUUUGAUAUAUUGUACACAAGGGUAGUCUCUAGUGUUAAAAUUAUGGUUUCUGAGAGUAGAACAUGAGUUUUAAUUUUGAGGGAGUUCCAUGGAGAGCUAGCUCCGGCCAUCUGAUGCACGCAUCACGCUUGUCAUUUUAGCGAUCUGUAUGCAACCUAGCUAUUUCAUUAAUUUGUUCAUUACAUUGACUACUCAAAAAGAGGCCCUGUAUAUUAAUUACUA